AUGAACUCCGAGCAGGAUCCCUCUGUCUUCCUUACCAACUUCUUCAAGGCCAUCAUCUUUUUUUCGCUGAUCGUAGUUGGCCUGCUCGUUCUGCUCGCUUUUUCGCUGGCGGUUCCUGACGCACUGUCCUGGUUGUCGUACAAACUUCAUGAGCUCCGCAUGCGGCGAGGCAUCGGCGAUGCUCUUGCACAAGACAUGGAAAACAGCAUGGUCGAGAACCGUGUAGUCGAGAAUGGUCCAGGACGCGGCGAAGAGCGUGUCUGGUGGGCAACGGAUUUUGAACCACCAGCCAACGUUCAUUGA